UCUUAUGAAAUGAUUUUUUUUUUUUUUUGAUGGUUUCAUAAAACUUUUAUGAAUUUCACACGAUUCGAAUGAGAUUCAUAAUAUAUGAUAUCAUUUUCAAUAUUGGGUUGUUUGUAUUUCAUAAACGUUCUUAUGAUUUUUGUGCAUCACAGCUUUGUGAAAAAAUCGAAGCGUGCCACAAAAAAGCAAUAUGGCUACCGACAACAACUUGACGAUAGAUUUGCCGUUUCCCGAAUCCGUUCUGAGUACUUUCAGAGAUUGUGGUGUAGGGACAGUGGAACUCAUAAACUGCACAAAAACGCAGUUUGUAGAGGCAUUGUCUCGAGCGGACGUCGAGUGGAGGUUCGAUCAUAUUUGGAAGAUUGUGCAGGAUUGGCGUCAGCAAAACAAACUGGAAAAUGUACAAAUUUUGCACGUAGACGAAACGUGUCAUCAGGAAAAGAAAGAGGUGAUAAGUCCGGAGGCUGUGUGCUGCCUGUUAUGUAUCCGUUAA